UUCCUGGAGCUCUGCACCCGUCUGACGGAGGAGCACCCCGAGGUCAUCCCUUUCCUCUCCGGUCGCCACCAAAAAGCCACCCCGGAAUUCUUGGCCUCCGCCGAACUCCGUAACGUCCUCAGCCGCUGCCUCAGCCGCCCCGCCGGCGGUUCCAAACGCCAAAUCCGUUAUCUGGAGAACCUCUUGCGCGUCUACAUGGGGGAGAUCCGACGUUUGCAGGAACGGGAGUUGGACUUGGCCGAGUUGGACAGCGAAGACUCCACGUACCUGCAGGAGAGUCGCCUCAAGCGCAAGAUGAUGCGCAUCUUCGAGCGCCUCUGCCAACUCAAGCAGUGCAGCAGCUUGACGGGGCGCGUCAUCGAGCAGCGCAUCCAGUACCGCGGCACCCGCUACCCCGAGGUCAACCGCCGCAUCGAGCGCUUCAUCAACCGCCCCGAAGUCUUCCCCGACUACUCCGAUAUCCUCAAAGUCAUCCAAAAAGCCAGCGCCCGCCACAGCCUGGGUCUGGCGCGUCGGCAGAUGGAGAACAUGGCGCAAGACGCCUUCCGGGAGGUGGGCAACCGCCUGCAGGAGAGACGUCACCUCGACCUGGUCUAUAACUUCGGCAGCCACCUGACGGAUCAGUAUCGGCCGG